AUGUCGAAGAAGCUCGCGCUGCUCCUGGCCCUGUCGGCCUUGUUCUUCCUCGGAGGGUCCGUGGCGGCAGCUCAGUGGACACCCGCCUUCGCCACGUUCUACGGCGGCAGCGACGCGUCGGGCACCAUGGGCGGCGCGUGCGGUUACGGCAACCUGUACAACGCCGGGUACGGCACGCGCACGACGGCGCUGAGCACGGCGCUGUUCAACAACGGCACCAUGUGCGGCGCGUGCUUCGCCAUCGCCUGCGACGCGCGCCGGUCGCGGUGGUGCAAGCCGGGAGCCGCCUCCGUCACUGUCACGGCCACCAACCUCUGCCCGCCCAACUGGGCGCUGUCGGGCGACGCCGGCGGCGGCUGGUGCAACCCGCCGCGCCGCCACUUCGACAUGUCCCAGCCGGCGAGCGGCGGCGUCAGGUUCACCGUGCAGGGCCACAGCUACUUCGAGCUGGUCACCGUCGCCAACGUCGGCGGCAGCGGCGUCGUGGCGCAGGCCUGGAUCAAGGGCUCCGCCACGGACUGGAUGCCCAUGAGCCGCAACUGGGGCGCCAACUGGCAGAGCAACGCGUACCUUAACGGGCAGGGCCUCUCGUUCCGCCUCAGGUCCGACGACGGCCGCGUCGUCACGGCGUACAACGUCGCGCCCAAAGGCUGGUGGUUCGGCACCACCUACACGUCCAAUGCCCAGUUCUAG